AUGAGGGUGAAGGAAGUAGAGCGGGCUUUGUGGACACCUGAAGUGCUACCAAAUGGAGUGAAGUUUUCACUGAUGAGCUCUGAUGGCGAGGAGGGAUUCCCUGGAGAAGUGAAAGUCCAGGUGACCUACACCCUGGUCGGAGGAGAAUUGACUAUUAACUACUGGGCCCAGACUACAAAGACCACUCCCAUAAACCUUACCAAUCAUUCUUAUUUCAAUCUGGCAGGACAUGGAAGCCCCAAUAUCUAUGACCAUGAGGUUUCAGUAGAAGCAACAAGAUACCUGCCAGUGGACGAUGUAAUGAUUCCAACCGGAGAAAUUGCAUCAGUAGAGAACACACCCUUCGAUUUGAGGAACCCAGUUCUACUUGGAAGCCACAUACAGAACAAGUUAAAAGCAGGUUUUGAUCACAACUUCUGCUUACAGGAAUCAAAGGAGCGAUUUCCUUGUGCAAGAGUUUAUCAUCGCCCAAGUGGCAGGCUACUACAGGUUGAAACUACCCAGCCAGGGGUGCAGUUGUACACCGCUAACUUUCUUGAUGGGAGCCUGAAGGGCAAAGGAGGAGCUGUGUACCCAAAACACUCAGCAUUUUGUCUGGAGACUCAGAAUUGGCCUGAUGCUGUCAACAAGACAAACUUCCCAAAUGCUCUGCUGCGACCUGGCGAGGAAUACAACCACACCACGUGGUUUACGUUUUCUGUACUUUGAGAGCUGUACUUCAUGUGAACAACUGAGUGUCAUUCAAAUCAAAAUGGUUAUAUUUACAUCAAUUAUAUAUUAGCAAGAUCAGACACAAAUCAAUAGGGUGGGAAUGGUUGGUUGAUGCAGGGGGAAGAGAAAGAUUAUCGCAAAAUUAACACUUGAACAACUUUAUUUUUCAGCUGUUCAAAAGUAGGUCAGACCCAUGUGAGGAGGGCAUGAUCAUAGAAACCAGUGAGUUGAGCAUCACAAGAUGAGUCGCAGUAUACCUAGAUCCUAUCCCAACUUGUAUCAUUCUGCUCUGAAAUUACCACUGAGCUUAAAUAAAUGUUGGUGCAGUUAGUUAUUCUGUCAGUGUUUUUUGUUUUCAUCUGUUUUGGGAGUAUGUGGAAGGGAAACAUUCUAAAAGCUGGAUAUUGGAUAUUUGCUAACCCCAAAAAGGUCUGAAUUAGCAAAGAAUAUUUCACCAUUUCUUAUCCCGGCCGUGGUUACAUAGAAAUAUGCUUUUUGCUUGAACACAGCUUCUGGCAGUAACUUGAAAGGCGCUAUACAAAUGUAAUUUUGGUGGUGGUGUUAUCUCUCUUGUGAAGCAGUUCCUUCUAAACUCUCUGUUAGAUCCAGUAGUACCUAUCUUAUAUUUGUGCGCUCUUGUUCUGGACUAACCAACAAGUUGAACCAGCAUAUCGUGGAGUCCUGUAGCUCAGUGGUUAGAGCACUCGCUUUGC